CCGCUGGGCAGGAGUCUCGCCGCAUGAGCGCACGUAUAUAGUGUAGCAAGGCGCGUAUUAAUGUAGGCCCCGUAUUAAUGUAGGCCGCGGGAUCACUGGCUCAGGCCGUGGUGCAUAGAACUACUUAUGUCAUGGUAUGGCUUCGGCUACAGGGGCUUUGAGCAGCUGGGACUCGGGGGGAAGAUCAGCCUCGAGCUCCCGGAACCAAUUCUAUUAGAAGAAGACGCAGACGCUCCCGAAGGCAUAAAAGUGAGCAAAGCUGUUCCCUCAUGGAGUUACUCUGCCUUCUUGACAGAGGACGGAUCCCUGCUUCUCUCUGGCUCCAUCGCUGUUUCCCCCAACAAGUAUCUCCACUUUAAGGGGUUGCAUUGUGUUGAUGUCCUCCCUGCUGAGAAGUACCUUGUGCUGCAACUGAAACAUGGACUGCAGUGUUGGGAGACUAAGGCUUUUACUGCUGAGGGACCACAAGCAGAACCAAUGUGGAAAAUGGAUCUUCCUCCUGCACAUAACUCAUCCUUCCCCUUGGUAACCAAUGGAUAUAUAGUCCCCAAACCUCCUUUCUUCAGAGAACUUCCCAGUAAAAUCCAAGCACACAAGCUGGCUCUAGGAAACGAGCAUGCCGUACUGCUCACAUCACACUGGACUCUGCUCACCUGGGGAGCUGGAAGGCAUGGUCAGCUUGGACAUGGAGAUCUGGAGGAUGUGGAAGAGCCUCGUAUUGUAGAUGCUCUGCAUGGGGUGCCAAUGAGGGAAGUAGCUGCAGGAGGCUGGCAUUCUGCUUCCAUCAGUGAAAGUGGGGACAUUUACACGUGGGGAUGGAAUGAAUCAGGCCAGCUUGGACUUCCCUGCAAAUCUCAGCAAUGCACAAGCACUGAACAGUCACACCUAGAGGAUGAAUUAGGGAACACGGAUGAGUUUAUCACAAUUCAGGCCUUCCCAGCCUUGAUCGAUCUGCCUCAGGAAUCGGACGCAUCCAAGAUUAGCUGUGGAUCAAGACACACAGCGGCCGUAUCACGAUCUGGAGAGCUGUAUACAUGGGGUUGGGGUAAAUACGGACAACUUGGACAUGGGGAUACAAUCAGCUUGGAUCAGCCCAAACUAGUUCAUUAUUUUUCUGUGAAGCACCUUUGUGUUAAUGAUGUGAUUUGUAGAAAUUGGAGCACAUAUGUAUUCUGUGCAGAACGCUAAAUAAAACAAAAUCUUUAGGUAGAUGUUGCCCUAAACGUA